ACCUCGACUGUUUACUUCGUUACCUCCUGCCUCUUUACUUGACUACGAAGUCGCCGCACUUUCCCCCCAGUCUUUUGAAAACUUGAAAUCCAGGCAAAUUUAUCGAGCAGAGAUGGACAUGCUGACUGUAUUACCGUCCAAUUUUGGAUAUGCCAUAUUUACCUACCUCUACAGCUGGAUUAUGCUGGGGUAUUUAGCAGUCAAGGUUGGGGCUGCGAGGAAGAAGUACGAUGUUAAGUAUCCCACUAUGUACAGUGACACGCAGCAGGUGUUCAACUGUAUCCAGAGAGCACAUCAGAACACCCUGGAGGUGUACUCUCAGUGGCUUGUUUUCCAGACCAUUGCAGCUCUUCUCUACCCGCUAUCAGCAUCUGUGCUGGGGGCUAUUUGGGUGACCAGCAGGUUUUCCUAUGCCUGGGGCUACUACACAGGAGAUCCAUCCAAGAGGAUGAAUGGUGCCUAUGGCUACAUUGGAUACUUCGGUGUCAUCUUUCUGUCCAUAUCUGUAGCCUUGCAAUUGCUUGGAGUCUUUUAAGACAAGUGUCAUCGUGUUUACUCAUUUAUUCUGGCUUGCAUGAAAUUUUCAAAUGUAUCAACUAUAAAGUAGCUGUACAAUACAUGCUAAUCUCAAAUUAUGAUAUUAAACAUAAUUUGGACCAUUAACUUGAUGCUUGAUAUCUUUGUAAUCCACUAUUUGUUGUGAAUGUCUACUCCCUGUGAUCUUUGACAAUAAAGUAGAUGCUGAUCAAUACCGCCCUUUA